AUGCCACUCGUGUCUCUCGAAGAAGCAACACAACCCCUUAUACCACAUGUUCCAGAAAUUGAACAUAUGGUGUAUAUCGUACAAGGAAACAAUAUAAAACCACAAGAUGAUUUAACCGUUGAUGAAUCAUCAUCUAUCGCAUUAUACUCCAUGGAAUGGACCCCACGAAAAAAUUCAUUCUACAUCUUUUUGAAUGAAACACUACGAAAUGCAAAUCGAGAAGAAAUGCUUCCUCCAUGGUUCAAAUUUUUAAAACUCUUGCUAACAGCUCUCUCGAAACUUCCACCGACUGGUCUUCGAACCAUCUAUCGAGGAGUCAAGUUAGAUUUACGACAGAAGUAUAAAGAAGGAAUGCGAAUUGUUUGGUGGGGUUUUUCUUCGUGUACAACAACUGUUGGAGUUCUCGAAAAUGAUGCCUUUUUCGGGAAGAGUGGUACACGAACUUUAUUCGCGAUUGAAUGUGACACUGGAAAAAAUAUUCGUCACUAUUCAUUUUAUGAAAAGGAAGAUGAAAUACUCCUUCUUCCUGGUCGAGAAUUCGAAGUCGUUUCAUCAAUGGACAUGGGACAUCAAAUGAGCAUGAUUCAACUGAAGGAAGUCGAGCCACGAUUUCCUAAUAUCGCAUCGCUUACAUUGUCAAAAUCUCCAAAGCCUAUCGUUACUAAAACUACUGAUCGAAAUCCGAAGCCAGCAGCAGCUGUAGCAGUACCAAAAGCAGCUUCUCAGCCCAAACCACCUGUAGAACCAGUGAAAAUUUCUUACAAGUCAAAGAAUAUUACCGAUGCUGAUAUUAAACGUAUAAUCCAAGAAGCAAUUGUACAACAACAAUGUACGGAACUGAACUUAUCCAACAACAAAAUUACACAUGAAGGUGCUGCAAUACUAGCCAAAGAAUUACGAAAUAAUACAGUAAUAAACUUUUUAUUAUCUAUCUAUUGUCAGAAGUAUCCUGAAGAGAUUUCAAUCUCAUUUAGAAAAAAAACAAAUGAAUAA